AUGCCGAUGAAAGAUCAGGAGGGCGACCGCUCAGAUGCAAGACAUUUUAUCCAGUCUCGCGCCGAAUACAUGGAUCUCAAAGAAAUAAGUGCCGAACGCAAUACUAAGGAACAAAGCGCUCAUCAAAUGGUCGAUUACGCGCCUCUACAUCCAUCAACACGCUCUUGGGAGGUGCCAAGGGAUCACGUGUCUGUAGAAAAAAUCAUUGGUAAAGGUGCUUUUGGUCAGGUUGCUAAGGGAACAGCUGAGCAACUUCGAGGGAGACCUGGGACAACUACAGUGGCUAUUAAAAUGCUCAAAAGUAUGAUGUUACAUUUCUCAAAAAUUGUUUAUAUCUUCUGAAAUUUUCAUGUUGGCAGUAUUGGUUCUUACUCUCCAUGCUUUUAAGAUGCUUCCUACUGUUUUUAUUUAACUGUGAGAGUGAUAAUACUUGCAGUAUUAGACACGCUUGACGCGCGUGCAAAUCCUAAGCACUGUAAGUGUGCAACGGUCAAACUGCACGUCACUACGCGCACCUCAGUGUAUUAGAAAAUGCACGCGUGACAAUGAAACGCUAACUUUGUGUAAAUGUGUAACCUACACAAAGUUAGUCAUCUCUAACUCAUUUAAUGCAUGUUCUGAGACAAAAGUAUGUGUAAGAAAAACAAACAAAUUGGAGUCAUUCUUCUUCUUAAGAAAUCAGACGAGAAUGAGCGAGUCACUGUAUUUUUUUGGGUCUCUUAUGAAUUGAAAACAUGUGUGUUGUGACGAUAAGGUUUUCGCGCACUAAAUUUGACUUAAAAUUUGAUUUGAAACGUACAAGACGGGGGGAAAUAACUCGGUAGAGACCACUCGGCUUACAAGAACGGAAACGUCACGACUUUCCGGCACACGGAGAUCUACUUCGAGCGAGCUUGUAUGGACGUCGAGGAUGAGACAGCACUUUGGUUCCACAGUAGACUUUAUUCGUAGAGCACUCUUAACACACGUCAUGCCAGAGUCAAAACGAAACUUGUCAUCAUCACGCGGUCGUCUAUGUAAUCGGCACGCCGUCGUGUUUAUAAUCGGUACGCCGUCGUGUAGGUGAUCGAAAAAACUUUGCAAAGUACGUGCUUAAAUAUAAACUGGUGUGAGGUUCCAUUGUUCUCUAAAUCUACCAUAUUUGAACAGUAUAACAAAAGAGGCGGAAAAUGUUUCUUUGAAGUUAGACAAAAGCUAUCCUAAAUAUUCCAUCUGUUUCUACGACGAAAAGAAUGUAAAACUAAAAAGACGGAUGCAAUAAACUCGAGGCCAUUAAAAUUAGGAAACUUAGGUGAGAAUUCACAGCUCUGGUAUAGAAAAUAUACCUAUCUUAAUUGCAGUAGAGCAGCUCAGCAAAUAAAAGUGGAAAAGUAAUUAAAAGUUUCUGCUUAUCUAUGCAAGGUUGGUGUGGAAACUAUCGUAUGAAAGGAAAUUAAAAUUACGAGUAUAAACUCAGCUGCUAACUACCAUGAGAACCAAUUUUUCCAGAAAGACCGUUAACACUCAUAUUUACCUAAUAUUUCACCAAUAAUGAUGAGUGAAGAAUAAUCGCCGUUUUGAACUGGUGAUUCGCCUCUUUGAAGCAGCGAUUGUACUACUUUCCAAAGAAACUGCCGGCUCAUUAAGCCCAAUAGGGCUUCCAUCAUUUCCAUGUUAGCAAUAUCUUUUUGCUUGUCUUCGUGCGAAGCAGUUUUACACUCGUAUAUUCCAGUGGUUUAACAGAAUAUUGUUUAGAGAUGGGCUCAUUUCAACCUACUUUCACCUUAAAUUCGAUCGUGUAGAAAUUUUGUCAUUUUUGACUUUGAGCCAUGGAAUACGUUUAAGCUUUCGUCAGUUGAAAAGAAUACUGAGAAAUCAAGGUCUAUUUCGAAGACGAAAUUAUAGCAACCCACAUGAGAUUGAAACUGGGAUUGUAAUUGGGAAAUUUGUAGAAGUGGGAGUUCCAUUGGCUAUAGAUUAAUGCACCACAAACUCAGAAAUGAUUAUGACCUUGCUGUUGACAAGGAAACUGUGCGCCUUAUUCUUAAAACCCUGGAUCCAAAAGGUUUUGAAAGAAGACCCAGAAGGCGUUUAAGAGGUAGGAAGUACUAUGCCAAAGGACCAAAUUACAUUUGGCAUAUAGGUGGAUAUGAUGAGCUAAAACCCUUCGGUUUUUGUAUUCAUGGUGCAAUAGAUGGAUACAUGCACAGUCGCCGCAUUUUGUGGCUUGAAGCCAGUAUCACUAACAAUGAUCCCAGCGUCAUAGCGGAGUACUAUUGUGACUGCAUAAAACAAGUGAGAGGUGCUCCGAGAAUUGUCCGCGCCGAUGAAGGUACGGAGAACUGCAAUGUUGCUGGAAUUCAAUGCUUUUUCAGAAGGAUUGGCAUUGAUUCCUUCGCGGGCGAUGAGAGCUUUAAUUUAUGUAUGGACGUUCAGUUUCCAAUCAAAGGAUUGAAGCUUGGUGGUCUUUUCUACGUAAAACUGAGUCUGAUUGGUAGAUCAAACUCUUCAAGGAUGCUCGGGACGCGGGCACAUAUUGCGACAGUAAUCCAAUCCAUGUGGAAUGCCCGAAAUUCUGUUUCAUGCACUUAAUCUAAGACGAGCUUAAACACGUGGCAGAAGAAUGAACUCUUCAUAGGAUUAGGCCAUGUAGAAAUUCCGACUCUCCAGCAGGUCGCCCUGACGUUCUAUAUUUUCUUCCUGAACUCGAAGAAGCCAAAGAUUACUCUACUCCAGUGCCAAGCGAUGAAAUCGAUCUAGCUAAAGAGGUAUGCUGUGAUCAACUCAAUGAACAGCCGGCCCCUAGAGAGUUCGUGGAGUUGGCUCACCUCAUCAUGGAUGUAGAGGAUCUGAGGAUGCCAGAUGACGCAGAAGAGGCACUGAGGUUAUAUAUAGAUCUUGUCUAUUGCCAAUCAUGGAAGUUAUCACAAAACGAAACGAAAUAGUACUCUUCCUGGUAGAAAGAAGCACUUUCUCAUUACUUUUCGUGAGCAUUCGGUCUCACGGCUUGAAAAACAGAUGUAGUUAACUUGCGCAUCAUGUACCACUACACGUUCAUACUAACAACAUGCACAUAAUGUAAUUAUACCCUGACAAUGUUACUCUAAAGAUGGAGAAAAAAUCCUUCGUGUCACGGUCUUCUUGAGGGAGUAGCACAUUUUAGAAUAACAACUAAAACUGACGUUUACACCGAAACAUAAAACAGUGAUUGCCAAAGAUGCAAUUUAUAUGUAUCUUUUCGCAGUUUUAAUUAACGAGUCAGAUGUAAAUUUCAAGAAAAAUAUUCUAGAGCAUACCUCUUUUCCCUUGUUUUUUUCCGUAAGUUAGAUAAUCAAGGUCAAGUCGAUUACUUUGGCAACGACUAAACCCUUUAAAAAAAAUCCUUAGCUGCCUCGUAACGUUUAAUUGAAAGUCUGGUUUCCCCCUAACUUGACUAAAGAUUGCAUUUCAGUGUUUCAAUGUAGUAAACUUGUACAUAAAAGAACCUCUGACAGUGCUUCCACCAAGAACUGUGGAGCCACUUGUUGAUAUUAUGUGCCAUGUGUAAGAUCGUUUUCGCAUGCGUCAAUUAUUAGUUUUUCGUGCGUAUCGAAACUUAGCUUUCUCUGUUCAGGGCCCUUUCCUUUUCGGUAGUUUAUUCUUCAUUUCGUCUUCGGACAGUGUUUUUUCGUCAAGCGCAGUUUUGCAGUAAUCGUAACAAUCUAGUUUUGUCGUUUCAAGUUGGCUCAGUGUAUUUCUUUCUGAUCACCUUUACUUCAUCAAUUGUGGUAAUUUUGUAUUUAUUUAUUAUUUUACGUUUCAACCCACAUCGUUCACCGUCAAUAAAUCGCCUAUUUUAUCAGUAAUUGUAGUGUUAAGAAGUUACGAUUGCCGCAGUCACACCAUGAUAGAACACUAAUAAAACCAAAUUUAUCAAAACAUUAACGAGCAUGCGGCAUUUAUCCUUGGUUCCUUUUUUGGCUUGCCUAUAAAACUUACAGUGUAUUUACGGUACGGAGACUCUGUAAAACCCACGGCUCACGAAUUAAACUGAGACCACAGUUCAUCCGGAUGAUUCUUAGGGACCCCAUCUACUAUCCAUUGUAAGAAACACAGGGGUCUCAGAACAAAAAUUAAUCGGCUAAGCUAGCUUAAUCAGUUUAUUUUUUUAAGUCUUCCCCCCAAGAGGGGCAAUCCUCACUUCAAAUCUUGCUAAAACAAGAUAUCUCCUAUCUAUGAUGCUCACCUUUUCGGUCUUCGGCAACAGGACGUGUCCAGGAACACUCUUAGAAGCUAGGGAAUACGCCCAUAACGCUCGACUUGCAAAAGAAAACCAUGAUGGCACUUGUGAUGAUGAAGCCGUGUGAAAAGAUUUUACAAAUUACCUCAAAGGCACUUCUAGCCCCAUGCAGAUUUGACGGCGAGGCAAAAGGCAACACGAAUUUUUCCCCAUUAAAGUGCAUAUCAAAGGAAAGCUCCUGAAAUGCGGAUCUAGAACAUAUCCUGAGUUAGGUCUCCACAGCAAUCUUCACGUACCUUCUUUGUCUGUAAAAGUGACUUUUAUAGGGGAAGACACCACUUCAUCAUUCUCAUAGUAUAUCAAAAAGUCGGGCAAUACUUUCUCUGGAAACUUGGACAGGCGCGUCACCGGCCAAUUCUGAAUAAAGUUUCUAGCGCAAAUUUGCGUUAGAAAAUAUCCUGUUGAGAUGCACGUACUUAAUAUUUUAUUCCUUUACAAAAGUUAGACUGUCGGCACUAGGUUUUACGACUUUCCGCCAUAUGGUAAUGUUUUACUGUAUUAUAAAUUUGUGAGCGGCAUCGAAUCAGUGAUGAUUUACAUGAUAUUUUGAUCAGGUAUAAUUUUCCAUUACCACCCAUACCCUGUGUGUUUUAAAAUGAGCCCAUCUCUCUGACCAACGUUCUGUUGAACCACUGGAAUAUACGAGUGUAAAACUGCUUUGCACGAAGACAAACAAAAACAUAUUGCUGAGAGAGAAACCAACAUGAAAAUGAUCGAAAUCAUAUUGGGCGUAAUGAGCCGGCAGUCUCUUUGGACAGUGGUACAAUCGCCAGUUCAAAGUGGCACUUGCGAACACCAGUUCAAAGUGGUGAUUGCCCUUUCAAAAUCUUAACUUGUUUUAUCUCCAGGUAACGCUGCAGAAUCUGACAAGAGAGAUUUGACGGCGGAACUUGACACAAUGAAGCAGCUAAAACCACAUCCUCACGUCAUCAAACUUUUGGGAUGUGUUACGGAAUCUGGUGAGCUGAUACUUGCAGCUGUUUACUUUAUUCGUGCAUGACGUCACACUUUUGGAGAUUAAUAGAAAACGGAGAUCACGAGGUUGUAGUGGGUUGAGUUUAUGAGGUUACUUAAACGCUUUUUUCAAAUGAAAUUCAUCAAAAUUGAUUUCCCGCCGAAACCGGUCAAAAGAAAGGCAAACUGGUUACUAGAUCAAAAAAAGAAACAAAAACAGAAAUAGUCUGCCAGAAUUCAAAGUACAUAUAUAUAAAUCGUGGUUAUAGUCUAUCCGUGCGGUAUAGUAAUCGAUGCGUCCGCAGAGCGUGGUAUAUCUGAAACUUGAACUAAUCAAAAACACAUGACUUUUUCUGUGACUCUGACUUUCAUGCUUACGCGAUCAUCAGAUAGAUCUUAAUGAAAAGUAUACCUCACUUAAUUUAAAUAAAUACUGAUUUAAAUCUCGAAAAUGCCCCCCUAAACAUGAAGAUCUAGAAAGAUUCGAAGCGGACCUCAUGGACAUGGUAAACAACAUCCAAUUCAGAGACACACAAGACGAAUUUCAAACCCAGCUAAAUAGGGACAUACAAAGAAUCAAAAGCUCUACGAAAGCCUUCAUCCCCGCCGACAAAACAACUAACCUCUACGAACUCGACGAAACUCAGCACGAAAAACUAAUGCAAAACAACUUAACGACAACCCACAAAGAGGCGAGCAAGGACUUUUUUUAACAAUAUUAGCCAAGAAGCAAAGGCCAUAGCAACGCAACUCGACAUCCAGGACCGAACUGAAGACUAAUCAACCCAGUCAAAAGCGAAUAAGUAAACAAAUUCUCCAAAGAAUCGACACCGACGUAAGAAACAAAACUUCACUUAACCAAUGGAAAAACUCCUCCACUGUAAUCGACUGAUUCAAAAAUAUCUUCGACAAGCAUCUACACACCUUCACCGUAUUCAACAUCGAAAGCUUCUACCCUUCCAUAUCUGAUAAACUACUGACCAACGCCAUCCACUUCGCUAUGAAACGCACCAAGAUCACCAAUUAAGAUAUCGAUAUUAUCAUCCUCCAGAAAAUCAAUUAUAUUCCACAACAGAUCACCAAGGGUGAAAAAAGACAACGACGAUUUGUUUGACGUAACGAUGGGAAGCUUUGACGGCGCAGAAGUAUGCAAACUAAUUGGACUUUCUAUCUUGAACGACCUUGCAAACAAAUACUGAACAAACAACAUCGGACUCAACAGGGACGAAGGACUCGCCAUUUUUAAGAACACCACAGGACCUCAAGUAGAGAGGACACAGAAAGAAAUAACAAGGCGCUUCAAGGAACACGGACCGAAAAUAACAAUUCAAAGUAAUUUAAAAUCACUUGACUACCUCGCUAUUACACUCAACUUGACGAACGGACUCUUCCAACCAUACAGAAGACCGAAUGACGAGCCGCUUUAUAUCAUAACCACCCACCCACUGUCAUCAAGCAAAUACCCGCAGCCAUCAAUCGCAAAUUAUCAUUAUUAAAAGAAAUAGUAAAAGAAACAUCAUUUGCUUUAACCCCCAAUACAGCAAAAAUGUCCAAACCAACGUCGCUAAAACCUUCCUCAACCUAGUCAAGAAACACUUCCCAUCAAACCAACAUCUCCACCCAGUCUUUAACAAGAAUAAUGUGAAAGUAAGCUACAGUUGCAUACCGAACAUGGGCAGCAUCAUUAACAACCAUAACAACAACAACACCGCAACGCAAAACGGAUGCAACUGUAGAAAAAGAAACCAAUUCCCGCUAGAUAACAACUGCCUCAUCAUUAGCGUAAUCUACAAAACCAAGGUGACCACGGACAAAGACAACACAGGAAAGAACUUCAUCGGACUAAAAGAAGGAACAUUCAAACAACGAUGUAUGCAACAUAGACUAUCAUUUCGCAACAGAAAAUAUGCUAACCGCACCGAACUAGCAAAAUUGAACAACCACUGUAUAUAUUUAAACUAAGUGAGGUACAAUCUUCAUUAAAAUCUGUCUGAUGAUCUCGUAAAGAGGGGGACAUGGUGGGUUCUAAAUACCGCAACACCGCAAACAAAAUAGAACAAACACCGCAUCACCGCAAGAAAUAUUAUCAACUCACCGACACCGCAAGAUUUACCUGGUCUAAAUUAAAAAAAAAAAAAAAGUCAUCACCGUUACUUCUACUUUUCAAACAAAAGAAACACAUCACAAGACAUUCCUACCGCAGUCUCCGUGUGUAAAGUUCCUUGCUGUCGCCUACAUUUCACUAGGCGACACUAAAAGAAGCCAAAGAAGUUACUGCUGCCAAGUGAUACGACAGUGUUUCCGUUAGGUCAGUCUUGCGUCCUCUGAAGUUAGAAUACAUUCUCAAAAAAAGUGAAGUUCACCGUUUGCUUCCUUUGAUCUCACGACUUUCGUUGUCUAAUUUUUUUUGUUUUAAAUCCAUUUUCUAUUUCAUAGAAAAAGUUAUACAUUUAGUCAUCGUGGUGACUAACACUAUACCAGCUAAGUUUAUCGUUUUUCUAUCGAUGUGGUCAACGAUGAUGUCGACUGGUUUUGCUUCAUCCUAUAAAGAACCGGGUGGUCCGCUUUCACUCAUUGGUUUAACAACAGCUGCGAUUGGCAUAUAAACUCAGGGAGAUUGCCAUGCUUUGCCAUGGUCGUCUCUUGGCGCACUCUCCGCUGUCGCACUGCUGCUCCGUACGCCGAAGCCCAAUUCCGCAUAAUAUCGCAAUUUGCACAUCCAGUAGUUCGCAAGAUUCCAACUAAAAAUAUAUAUUUAUUUUUAAGUCGACGUCUUCCUUAGCGUUGCCGUCCUAAUUGCUAAAGGUCCCCACAAGUGCCACAAGACGCGAGUUACUCUGCCCGCGAAAAUAUUUGAGACAAUUCAUCGCUAAUUUCAGUGCUAGACAAUUAUCUCGCUACCAGGAAUAUUUGCCAUCAGCGAGCUAGCCAUCAAGGCAAUCUCGCCACUACCAAGUCGCCAUCAGUAAACUCGCCACAAAGGUUGCUAGCUAAUUUGAUAUACAUUUAAAGCAUUAGGUGACUCUUCAGUUUGCUCUUGAGUCUCGUGGGCAUCGCCAUACGAAUACCACGGGAAAUACUGCAGAGCCUUACUAAAGGCUCGAUAGUUUUUUCAAGAUGGCGAAAGGUGAGUCAAAUGCGCGUAACGAUCGAAAAGGUACCAAUUUGAUCUGAUUUAAGAGACGACAAGAUAUCAAACAAGCUAUCAGAUAUAAAACAAAGUGUAGUCUGUAAAUAUUUAGAAUGUACAUCAAAGGGAAAGUGACAAUAAACAUUUAACGGAAUGAGAACGAAUAACAAGACCGACGAGAAAUGUUAUCGAUCGCAUGCAUUUUUUGUCGACAAAACAAAUGUUUCGAAGUUUGAAAGUUCACAAGGGGAUCCUUUUUUAUCCCAUAAAAAACAAGGAGCAACAAGUUAGAGCUCCAGAAAACGUAAAUUUAUUUAAUCAAACAUUUAAUAGCUCUAUUUCUAAAAACUACAACGAUGGUUACCGGAUGAGUGUUAGGUGACGAGGUAACACGUCCUGGUCUGACAGACCUGGCAUAAUGUAACUGGGGACUAGUUAGGCACCAUAGCAUUAGUAACAAAUAUAAAGAAAAUUUUUAACGUGAUAAAAAUCGUCAUCAUUUUUUACCUAUUUUCUUAGAGCCACUGCUGGUGUUGAUAGAAUAUGUUCCUUUUGGAGACCUGCUGGGUUAUCUGAGAAAGAGCCGUGGAUUAAAUGACACUUACUAUAAAGACCCGGAUAUCAAACCACAAACAAACCUGAGAUCACAGCAGCUGAUGAAGUUCGCAUGGCAAAUCGCUGAUGGCAUGAGUUACUUGUCGUCGAAAUCUGUAAGUUUAAGAAGUUUGGAACUAUUUGUCAGAUUAACUCAGAUAGAAAUGGUUCUUAAGGUUUUUUUUCCAGAAAUAAUUCUGCUAAUUAAACAUUUACAUAACAUGUAAUUGAGGAGUUUUGUAUCUGUCGAGUACUCGAGUGUCGAGUAGUGGAGUUAUCAUUAGCAGGGACACUUGUCAGCAGAGCACUCAGAUUUGAAUAGUGAUGAUAAUCAUAAUUUUUACAAUGACAUUGAUAGCAAUGAUGAUGAUGAUGAUGUCAAUAUUAAUGAUAGUUACAAUAAUGAUGAAUAUCAUUAUCCUUCUGAGCUGGGGUAAAUAAUUAGGAUUAGUGCUUUUGUUUGCUUGUUACAGGAGGAAUUUCGGAUUUCAUUGAUUUCAUCGUGGCUAUACUGCCUCAUAUUAGAGAAAAAGUCACAUAUGUCGUCGGAAUUAGUUAGUGAGUGUCCCGGUGUUACUUAUUGUUUUUUUCGGAGUAUCUCAGUAGUUUUAUAUUCGCACCGAGUACUCAGUUGAGUUCUUUAUUUUUGGGAUUCUUAGCUUAUUGCUUCUAACGCUUUUUAUGUUAUCAUCCUUGUAAGUCCGUAGGUAAGUAAGAAAUUCCGAGACUUUUUGGAGGCUGUUUAAGAAAUCCCAAGCAACCACUUUAGAAUUUACCGAAGUUAAUUUAAUCGAUUUCACCUUUAACAGCAGCUUCUUACAACUAAUACCUAGUAAUGUUGAAUCAAAUGUCACCUUAUGAGUCAACAGAUAUGAAACACGAGCCGUAGGAACAGUCAAAGUUCAUUGCUGAUUGACUUAACUCAAUCAUCUUAUGUAAACGUUGGCAGCUACCGCAUCUGAAAGAAUGUUCUCAAUAAUAAGAAUACCGAACCGAUUUUAACUGGAUGUUCCUCCGAUAUCUCCUAUAGUUUACCUCUGACUAUCUCCGUUGUUCAACGUUCGUUCCUCAUAUCAUCGAACACAACCGCAUUUGAAUCAGCAAAUUAUGCCCAAUAGAUCCGAAAAUGAACAUUUUUCAGGUUUUUCCGUGAUACUACGAGAACUAUAAACAUCUCAAAAUAAAUUCAUAGUCUCGCAGACGCAUAGUUAUAAUUACGAACAAAACCAUACUUUUCUUGCAGAAAUAUCUAAAUAGGUGUGAUCUGCCCGUCAAAGAAACUUUGAGGAAAAAUUUUCCUCUUUGAAGGAAGAACAUCAUAUCGUUUGAAUGCACCACAUAUACCCAAAAGAGUUGCUAAUUUAGGAAGCGAACAAUGAGCGAAGUUUGAUAGGCUGAUCCUAUUCAGCAGAAUGAUGGAACGGUAAAUUGGUGCAAUGGCAGUAUUGCGCACUAUCCAUAAACAAGCAAUGACGGAAUAUCCCAAAACGCGGAAUGCCUUGCUGUAUGAAACAAAAGUCUCACAAAGAUAGAAUUGUGAUGAAAUAAGAAUAUUACUUAAAAAUAACAGGUGAACAUUAAAGAGGAAUUGUGUAGUAAUUUCGUUAGUGCCCAUAGGAUGGAGAAACCGGGAGGCUUUUAAGCUGCUCCCUCUAAAUUGUCAUUAUCGUUAUUAUUAUAUUUAUUAUUGUUGAUAUGAUUAUUUGUUACCGUUUAAUUAAAUGUCAACUAAUCACAGGAAGUGAUAUGGGAAGUUUAUGUUUCAGUUUUUCCGUAUUACAGUGCUCGACACAUAGAAGUGGAGCGUGAUAUAAAUUGAGUUAGGGGGAAAAAAAGAGACUAAGCUUUGUUCCGACACGCCUGUUUGGUGAUUAGAUCAUGUUACGGGAAAAUUUACUGAUUUUCCGUGUGUUUGUUUGGAACAUAUUUAUUUGUAAACUUUUAGAAUUCAAUAAAGUUCUUUCAUUCUAGUAAGUAAAAAAAAAUGUAUAAAAACCACAGUAGCUUUUGGAAUAGAUUUUGCUUGUGUUUUGCUUUUGUUAUUUAUUACAGGGUUUUUUUAAGCUAGUAUAAGUGUUUAUGGUCUUUCUGGAAAAAUUGGUUUUCACGGUAGAUAGCGGCUGAGUUUAUACUCGUAACUUUAAUUUCUUUUCAUACGAUAGUUUUCACACCAAACUUGCAUAGAUAAGCAGAAACUUUUGUUUGCUUUUCCGUUUUUAUUUUUUAAGCUGCUCUGCUGUAAUUAAGAUAGGUAUAUUUUCUAUACCAGAGCUGUUAAUUCGCACCUAAAUUUCCUAUUUUAAUGGCCUCGAGUUUAUUGCAUCCGUCUUUUUAAUUUUGAGAUUCUUUCCGUCGUAGAAAUAGAUGGAAUAUUUAAGUAGCUUUCGUUUAAUUUCAAAGAGACUUUUUUCCGCUUCUUUGUGUUCUUAUUCAAAUACUGUGAUUUGUGUAACAAUAGAACCUCACACCAGUUCAUAUUUAAGCAAGUACUUUGAAAAGCUAUUUCGAUUACACACACGACGGCGUACUGAUUACAUCCACGACGGCGUACCGAUUACACAGACGACGGUGUGCCGAUUACAGAUUUAGUUUUGACUCUAGCAUGAUGUAUGUUAGAGCGCUCUACGAAUAAAACUCUAUUGUGGAACCAAAACGCUGUCUCUUCCUUGACGUCCGAACAAGCUCACUCGAAGUAGAUCUCCGUGUACCAGGAAAUUGUGACGAGUUUCCGUUCUCGCCAGCCGAGUGGUCUCUACCGAGUUCAUUCCCCCCGUUUUGUACGUUUCCCGCGAAGUCAAAUUUAGUGCGCGAAAAUCUAUCGUCACAAUCACUCCUCAGGGGAUUUUGUCUGAAAAUAUCAUAUGAUAUUAGCUCUGUUAUUGUUCAAUGCCAUAAAAAUUCUGCUUUAUCAGUAGCCACACGUAAUCUCAGACGGCCUUUUUUUCUCUCCAUCCGUUAGAUCAUCCACAGAGACCUCGCAGCUCGUAACGUGUUGGUCGGAGAAAGUGAAACUUGUAAAGUAACAGAUUUCGGAAUGGCUAGAAAUGUACAAGAGGAAAAUAUCUACGAGAGAAAGACAAAGGUAAUAAGAAAGAAAUAAGCUUUGCUUCAUCACAUGAAAUGUAUUUGUCAUAACUGUGCUCUAUUCUGUUGGAUCACUUUCAUUCACUUCUCCUUACGGUUAGAAUAGUUCAAAUAAUCUGAUUGGCUUUACAUGACUAAAGUUUUCAAAAAUGCCAAACCAUCAAAGUUCAAAAACCAUCAGAGGUCAUAUUCUGCAAUAAUUCACAAACUUAAAUAGUUUGGCAGGUCGAAACUAACACUUUUUGCUAGAAGUUUUUUAGUCUCUAACCUGAAAGUGAAAUGUCCACUGAAAUCCGGCCAAACUAUGACUCAUAAAAAAGCGACAUGACAACGGGGAAACAUAUUGCUCAAAGCGUGUGUUUUAUGAAUGAACAACAGCCGAAAUCAUCGGAACAUAAAAAUUGCUCGGGAUGACAGCGCCUUAAAACUCUGCUGCAGUGACUGAUGUGGCCUUCCACUCAACACAUCGGAAAUGAUAUCAGAGCAAGUUCUUAGCUGUUCACUCGAAGGGCGGCCGAUGUAAUUUCUGAGGCUUGCUUCAAAGCGAUGACCGGAGAUCGCCAUAAUGAGCUAACCGCGUUGGAUCUCAGCAUGAUCGCGGUCGCUUUGACACGUUCUUUCAACCAAUUACAGCACACGUCAUAUCCAAACUGAGUAUUCCAUCCCGAUUAAGGUGGACCUUUUGGAGCUCAAAAUUAAAAGUAGAUAUGCUAAGCAAUACCCUUAUCGAAAAACAAUGACCAUGUAGCUCUUUCAAGCUACAAAAUUAGCUCUGGAGUUAACGAUACUUUAUUCCCAAACGCGAUGCUUAUAAAAGCUGAAAAAGAAGCUCAGUUUGUUGACUUCAACUGAGCCCUUGCGACGUUGGAGACGGUAUCCGGUUUGAUCGCACCAUGGUUAGAUCGUUCCACUCGAAAUUUAGAUCGCUCUAUCAAAUUAGUGACUUCGCUACCAACAUAAGGUACUUUUCUCCGUGUGGUAAUGUGAAGUAUUACUUAUUAAUGACCUUUAAAGUUUAUCGGUGAUUAUGUGUCUUCCGACGAUUCGAGUACAUCGUAUUCACUCUGUCCUUCAGAUUAGCCACCGAGCUACCGAUGCAUGAUGUAUAGUGAUGGUGGAAUAAAUAAUCAUUCAAAUAAAUGAUCAUUCAAAUACCAGUACUGUCCAAUGUGGCCUUUUUGGCUUUUUGAUGUAAGGAAACUGGUUACUACCAUCUUUAAUUAAUAAAGUAGAUUACACUUCGUGAGUCCCUCACAUGAGGCUUUAUUUCUUCUUUCUGCGUAGCUCAUAUCUAUUUCAGGCGCACACGAGCAAUAUAAAUCGAUUGUUAGGUACAGUAUGCACGUUAUUUGAUGAGCUAUCAAUUUAAAUACCUUAGUUUUGUUACUUUUACGUUAAAUGUCCCAAAAAAAUGGGGGGAUGUUCAAAAGAGGAUUUUGUCACAGUUUUUCAAAAUCAUACAACUUUCAGAAUCUUCAACAAAAAGACGAGCAAUUUUCUUGGUCGUAAAGUUAAUUAAACAACAAUUCAAGCAUGCUGAAUCUACUACGCGUUCUCGUACCUGUAGGAAACUCCUUCAUUUUUCGAUUCUGAGCAGAAUAUUUUACGAUUCUUUGAAUAAAGACCUUAUCUCGAAAUAUUUCUUGUUCGUUUUGGCCUUGUCAGUUAUUCACAGCUGUUGGUUAGAACUCGAUUACCAGGUAAACCCGACACAGUUGUAAUAAACUCUUUUUUCGUGCACAAUUUGUGUCUGCAUGCCGGAGUUGCUCUCGUCUACGCCUCCAGAGACUCUUACGCUUCUCUCGUGCUCUCCAAACUUCGCACAAAGCAUGAACCAAUUCUUUAAUUUAACCGAUCGCUUUAGCUCUUGCUUUUCUUGCUAUUGAAAUAUCUGCGAGUCGAUUGACCGAUCACAUUUCCAUUUGAACAAAAACCCCUCAGUUUUCUGCGAAUUCUUCACCGAUCACAUUUUCGUCCCAAAAUUCAACCAGGUGUAAAGGCCACCACAUCCAGUUCAUAAUGAACCUCUAGCGUAUCGUCCGUCGGCCAGAUAAGAUAGGGAGUGAAAGAUGCAUGAGAAUAGGCUUAGUUCGUGGAGAAUGUAGAAAAUUAAGGCAAAAUUUAAGUUAUGAUGUGGCUGAUCACGUGUUGCAAAGACGGCGAAAAGCGCCCGUCAUUUUUCAAGGGAAGCAGCCAGUAUGCCUAUACAUGUAAUCGAUGAACUCACUUUGUGAAAUGAUGUCAAUUCUGGCAGACGCAGGGCGAGAUCAGCGGAAAGAAUCGUUUGCUGUAAGUUUAACAGGAUGGAAUGGUCGUCCUAGGUUGGAAGUAAGCAAAGGUCAGCUUGAGCAUUUAGAAUGGCACGAUUCUGGAUAUCUCUGGGAGUCUUGGCGCAAGCGUCAGUGCUAUUAAAAGGCAACUCUGAGAAUUUGACAUUUCAAGUCAAGGAACCGUGGUGAAGGUUACUGAUGCUAUGCUGAUCUUGAUACUGUUUUGCGGAACAUAUUUAGCUGAGUUUCCAAAGGCUGGGUAUAUAAGAGUGCUGUCCCAGCUUAAUUCUAGGUAGAAGUUUUGGAUUCUGUAGAUUUUGCUCAAUGGUGAGCAUUUGUGAAUUUUGAAGUUACCUAGGCAACAGAGUAGAAAAGUGUAGUUUCUUGGAAAGAGAUUGCCCCUUGGUGAGAAUAUUUGCUUCAUUGAGAAAAGAGUCACGGUUUAUGCACUGGCGAUCCUGAAUAUCAUAAAAGAGCGUCUCACAUGGUCGUUUAUCUUCCUCGGUCUCAAAGUUCUUAACUUAAACUUUUUUUCCAUUCAAAAUUUUAAGGGCCGCCUUCCAGUAAAGUGGACAGCUUAUGAGGCGCUGUUGUAUGGAAAAUAUACGACCAAAAGUGAUGUGUAAGUCCUGUGAAUUGAAUUUUUCGCCAUUUUCUAUUUUCAUAGCCGUAAAGAUGCACUUGUGGCAGCAAUUUCAUAAAAUCUAUUGAUGGUGAUCCACAAGUCUUUAGUAUAAUCAAAUUAUUUACGUUGCUAAAAGUUGUACUACUGUCUAGGGACAGGAAAGCCGAAUGUUUUAAAAUGUCCGACAGUUGUUGAUUUUCUCCAUUGUCUUAUUGCCUCAUAGAUGGAGCUAUGGAGUUGUCCUUUAUGAGAUUUUUACAAUAGGUAAUACUUAUUGACUAGUUUCAAUGAAUUAUAUUAGAUUAGCAACAGAGAAAGUCUUACGCCCACAAUAUGUUUCAAAUAGGUUGAUGUUUUAUAACAUGAAGGGUGACUAGGGUUAGCCACUAAUACUCGCUUGACUCUACUACCUUGUCCUAUGCAGCAACUGAUAUCUGUUAAAUGCAUUCGCGCGGGAGGUGUUUCGAAUAAUUGGGAAGGGUAAAAAUCAGGUAAGAAUCGAUCAUUGGCUUGGUACGAACUGACUCAAACUUGGGUACCAAACGUCUGGGUACGGAACGACCGGAUACCCUUUAAAAGGUGUUCUCCGUCUAAGAGGACGCGUCCCACGUCAUAUAUUAAUUUUGAUCAUUUCUUCAAUUCGCUGCAUAAAAAUCUAAGCAUAGAGUUAUGCUCGUGUUGCAAUAGUCUCCCAAGUUACUUUAUAUCAGGUGGUUCACCGUAUCCGCGGAUGGAUGGCAGGAAGAUUGCCAACUUACUUCAGCAUGGAUACAGAAUGCCUCAGCCACCACAUGUGGAUGAUAAGUUGUAAGUGCUAAAGUUUCUUUAAGACUGAUACUCUAAUGAGGCCUGAAAAUAUGUUACUGCGCCUUUGAUUCUACUGAGGUAUAUUUAGUAAGUAAUUAAAAAGCUUUAAUCCAAAGCAUCUUUUUCUUCUUCAGUAAUUAAAUUAAUCGCUUACUUUAUGGAAAUGUUCAUUCUUUAAAAUUUGAAAGAUAUCAGCAUAUCGAUUAGCAUAUCCACAUUCGAGAGAAUGACAAGUUAAACAUUUUUGUGCGAUAACAAUGAAUUCAUCGUGAAAACAACUCACGUGUUUCGUUUCAAUUUGAUUUAAUGUACUUUAUGUAUAUCAAGUACCAACCUGUGUUAUAUGAAACGUAGGUACGACAUAAUGUUGAGAUGUUGGCAAGAUGACCCGGGUACAAGACCAACCUUCUUUGAUCUAAGAAACCAGCUCAAAGCCAUGGAAACAUUGCACAAGGUAAACUUUUACAUCCAGUUAUAUUACGAGGGAUCAUUAUAAAAUACGUGGAGUGAUUUACUAAUAAAAUUCUUAAUAACAUCGAAGUGUUCAUGAUAAACGCGGCAACUAUGUACCUGUACUCUUCAUUAAGUUGCUUGAUCAGCCAACUAAGUACAACUGAAAACUUCGUUUCCUUAGCUGCCAUGGGUUUGAGCAUUUUAGAUGAGGUCAUGCAGAAAUAAAUAAUUCUUGAUGGACAUUAGAGAAAUCCUCUUAUACCUUUCUUUCGUCCACAGAGGCUGAUCAAUAUGAAAAUCUACGACAAGCAGUUGUACGCAAACGUUGAGGAUUUGGUAGAGUAGGCGACGACAAGUUUUCAGCAUUUGAGGAACGAGUUUAUUCUCCUCUCAUGGGCUAACGCUCUAAAAGAUAUAAGAUCAUAAGGCGAUUAAUUUCAAAGCUAAUUUUAAUGAAGUACUCACACCGUAGUAGCAGUUAACUUCAUUAAUUUAGUUUGCCUUCUAAUCAGUUUUAGUAUAAACCGGGCUUUGCAUGACUAAAACAAAACAUAUUAAACAAAAAUAAAAAAUGAGAAAAUUUUUUUCAAAACUGACAGGUAGUUUUGUUCUGUCAAGGAUCCUUUCAAACCGUUGACUGGGUAUGUAAAUUUAUAUUGCACGCUUAAGCAUGUAUUGGUAUUCGUAAUUUUAUCAGAAAUGUGCGUUUGAGCGACCAAGUUUCUAGAAUUGGUUCAAAAAAGGACAGCAAGGCAUGUAGAGGGUUUUAUAAGGAGAGAUCCUUCCUUUGGAGGAGGUUAUCUUUAUUAUCAUAAUCAUCAAUAUCAUUAUGACUAUUAUUAUUUUCAUUGUUUUCAUCGUUAUUAACAUUAGUAUUUUUACGAUAGUUAUAAUCAUAGAAAUUAUCGGCGGUCCAAUAAGCCAAUCACAUUUAAAGUUGCAGUUCAAAUCAACCAUUCAACAAUUUACACCUCCUUUGUCAGUCUUUUGAUGCAAAUUUUCCCUUUCUUUCAUAACUCGGCUUUUCUUCUUUUCUCGGAAUUUGUAAUUUUUGAUUGAUUGGUAAUAGGACUCGUGAUAAACAAAUCGGACUCCCGGUACGCAGUCGUCCGAUUUUGUUUUCACUCGUAUGAUUACAGACCGAAUUGGACUCCACUUUAUCCUGUUACCAUUACUUUUCAAUAUUAUUUUCAUAAUGAAUAUUCAGAUUUUUCUAAUUAUCGUAAUUUUUCUCACUCUUUUAUUUUCCUAUUACCAUGCAGGUAUUUUAAAUAUUUCUUGGUUCCUUUCAGAACCUCAUUGUUGAUCGACAGUAUAAAUAAGUAUCAGUUUGCUUAAUUCCAGCUAUAUAUUAGAAAUGCUUUCCGGUAAUUUCGUGUAUAGUCACGCAAU